AUGGUUUCCGCCAACUCCCUCUUCACAGCCCUCAUGGGCCUGGCCAUGGCCAACCUCGCCACCGCCUCCCUCAGCAACCCCAGCUCCCAGGCCCAGGCUCUCCAGGCCCGCGCCGACAAGUUCAGCGCCCGCAGCGUCAUGUACCGCCGCGGCGAGGACGGCGCCCUCCUCCGCCGCAAGAUCGCCCAGCGCUCGCUGGAGCCCCGCCGGUGCCUCCACAGCUGCUGGAGGAAGGACAAGAAGGACAAGGAGAAGAAGAGCAAGAAGUCUAAGAAGAUCAGCAAGAAGAUCAAGGCUAAGAAGGCUGGCAAGAAGGAGAAGAAAGAAAAGAAGGAGAAGAAGCACAAGAAAGAGAAGAAGGAGAAGAAGCACAAGAAGGAGAAGGAAGAGAAGGAGGAGGAGGACAGCGAGUAG